CUGAGCAGAGAGGCCCCUGGCUGGGAGGAGAGAGGAGCGGCCAGGGCCCGGCAGGCUUUCCUGGGCGACCUGGGCCUUUCUGUCUCCCCAGGCGGGUGGGGCCCCUGGUUUCCCACUCUGUCACCCCCACCCAGGUCACUGGGGGCUGUGAUGUGUGGGAUCGUCAUGGCAGUAAAGUGGGGGCGGGGCCCUAGGCAUGGAGCAGGACUAUGGAAGUCACCAAGCAGGUGGGGGACCCUGAGCCAUCGGAUCCCCAGGGCCACCCCUCAGCCAGGAGCCAGCAGCUGUUGGGGGGUGGCCUCAGGGAGUCUCAGGGACCGUGGAUCAACUCGGGGACCAUAUGCUUUAGGCAGCGGCUGUCAUGGUCCCCCGAGGCCGUCACUGACGGGGCCUGUGGCCCAGCCUCCCAGGCCCCCGGUCCCAGGCCUGUUCACCAGCUCCCCUGGGGCCACGCUGAGGGUGGCGCACAGUGUGGCUCGGAGCAGGCCUCCCAGGACACCCCGAGACUCUCCUCCACCGGCCAGCGUCCCAGCCCCGUCGUGGAAGCCCAAGUGCAUCUCGUCCUGGAAAAUGAGAUCCUGCCCCGGCCCCGGGGCACGCCCAGGGACAGCUCCGAUGGCUUGGCCCAGCUCGGGGGCCACAGCUCCUGGCUUCAGGUGCAGGGUGCGAGGGAGCGCAAGGCUCCGGCUAAAGUCCUGGUAGGCUGGGGCAAAGGCCCCCGCGGCACCCACCAGAAAGCCCCCUGGGGCCUGGCAAGGAGCCAGCAGGCCCCCUGUUUCCUUUCAGGGGAGAUUGGCUCGGCUGCAGCCCUAGGUCCUCCUCACGCUCCAGCCCAAGAUCAGGGUCGGUGCCGGUGGCCGGCUCAGGCACCUCCGGCUCUGCCGACAACCCUCACGCCGGCAGCAGUGGCACGUAACACCUGCAGCCGCGACCACCUGCCCGGGAGCCUCGCCACUGCCAAGGACUUGUCCCGGGACCUGCCCAGGGAGAGUGGCAACCAGUGGCCAGGCCUCUUGGGGACUUCCAAGGUGGUCACAUUCUGCCAGGACAACGUGAUCUUUGGUUCUCAGCCGCUGCCCACCCCAGGAGCCACUCUGAGAGACCACACCCCCGAGCUCGAAGCUGCCAGAAGGCCGGUGCUACCGAAGCAGCCUGAGACUCCAGCAGAGAAGCCGCUGUUCUAUACCUUUAACCUAGACUGCCCCACAUCAGUCCCAGGAAGGCCGGGCACCCCCACGUCCCAGAGGGGCCACCAGGAGGUCAGCUCGCAGCCAGAACGGCAGCCCCUCAGGGUCUGCAGCCGCACCUGCGCCAGGGCACCACCCCCCGCCUGCCAAGUGACCUGCUGUGGGCAGCUCCCGGCCCAGCCUCCCGGGGAAGCCACGCAGAGGCCCGCCUCCAGCGCCCCCACCUGCCAGCUCCAGGACCCUGCGGAAGGCCACGUGCUGGUGUUUGACAUGGACACGGGCAACACCAGGCUGGGACUGCUGUGCCAGGACCCCCUGGGCUCACGGGCGGUACUGGUGGGCCUCGUGCCCAACCCCCCGCCCAUUUAUGCCCCUGAGAAUAUGCCUUCCACCCGGCCAUGGGCCGUGCUCACCGCCUCCCCUAACCGCGAUCGCCCCAGCUUCGGGCCCAUCUCGUCGGUGCUGUCCAGCCCCGUGCCCUCCAGCCCUGUGCCUUCCAGCCUCUCCUCUGGCAGCUUCCGCGAGGUGGCCCUGGCUCCCAAGGAAGCCAAGCUCAACCUGGAGUCACGGGACUCCCCUGGUACCGAGACACCCAUCAGGGUGAGCCUGCUCCCUGCGCCCCUUCCACUGCAAGGGCCCCUCCAGUUCGGAGAGAGGACACUGAGCCGCGUCCAGGAUCCUGGCUGGUCCAAACCUGCAGCUGAACAAAGCGAACCCACUCACGCCAUCUGGAUGCAGAAUGCCUCUGCGGGCCAGGCCGGGAGGCUGCCGGUGACCCCAGAGCCCGCCCCCCCAGCCACAGCCCAGGAGGCAGCCAGAGCCCUGCUCCUGGCGGAUACAGGCAGCCACACCCGGGAGGAGGCCAGGGCUGAAGGGACUAGGCAGGCCCCCCUCAGCGGUUGGCCCCGGCUCGCUGAGCAGCACCCCCUCUCUGGACAGCCCCCUGCAGCGGGUCAGCCUCCCUCUGCUGAGCUGCACCCCUUUCCUGGCCAGCCCUCUCUCCCUGGAACCCCUCUCGCCAGGCAACUCUCUCUCACUGGGCAGCCUGCCUUUUGCCAAGAGCCCACCAUCUCCAAAGAGCCCAUCCUCUCAAGAGGCGCCCCCUCCACCAGGGAGGCUGGCCAGGCCCCCACCCCGUGCCAGGAAGGGGAGGCCUUGGGUCUGCCCACCCACGUGGGGAUACUUCGGGUGCCCCUGGCCCAGGAAAAGACCUGUGUCUAUGUGAGCAGAGAAACGGUGGGCCUCAGUGCCCCUCCCACCUCCAACUCCCAUUGGCUCUCCUCCUGGCCACCCGGCAGCUCUCACAUGGCCCCCGAGGAGCAGCUCUCCCUGGUCACAUUCACCACACCUGGCACCAGCUACAAGGUCUUGCCCAUGGCCAUGGUGGGCACUGUGUCCCAGGGCCCCGGGCUCAAGCUGACAGCGGAGGGCAUUACCGACUCGCCGGUGGUCACGAGCCUUGGCCUGCUCAGCGGGGCCUACUCUGCUCUGCCGGGGCAGUCCCCCGGGCUUUCGCCGGGCCACUUCCAGAGCUCGGCGGCCGUGGUGAUCGACACAGGCUCCGGCUUCACCAAGUGCGGCCUGGCCGGGGAGGACCACAUCCUCAGCGUGGUGCCCUCCCAAGUGCAGCUGCUGCAGCAGCCCGAGCUGGAGGUGCUGUGGCAGCACCUGUUCUACUGCAAGCUGGGCAUGCGGCCCGAGGAGCUGGCCGUCCUGGUGGCCGACUCGCCCAUCUCCCCGCGCACUAACCGCGAGAAGGUGGCCGAAAUCCUCUUUGAGUGUUUCCACGUGCCGGCCAUGCAGACCGUGCACCAGGCCCUGCUGGCGCUCUAUGCUUACGGGCGCACCACCGGGCUGGUGCUGGGCAGCGGCCACGGCACCUCCUACGUGGCGCCCAUCCUCACCGGGGAUCUGGCCCCACUGGACACCUACAGGCUGGAUGUGGCCGGGGCUGACCUCACGCAGUACUUGGCUGAGCUGUUGCUGGACGGCGGCCGCUCGCCGCCCAAGGCGGGGCUGGUCAGCCACCUGAAAGAGACCUGCUGCUACGUCGCUCUGGAUGUGAAAGCCGAGAUGGCCCGCACGCAGGCCCAGUCCCGGGUGAGCUUCCUGCUUCCGGACCAGCAGGUCAUCACCCUGGGCUCCAUCAUGGCAUCCCGGGAUUCCUUCCAGAGUCUGUGGCUCAGCCGCCGGGAGUACGAGGAGGAGGGCCCGUGGGCCAUCUACAAGUACCAUCUAUGA